GCUGCGCUUCCAUAAAACAGUUACCGAUAAGAUUUGCGGAUUAAUGUGUUUCAGUUAAGAUUUAAUCAUGAACGUUGGCACACGUAAUCUGCUGCUGUUAUCCUCCUCACGACUCCAUGGGCAUGGCUAUCUGGAGCAUGCACGCAGCCAACUGGAGGAGUUAUUUAAUGCCAAGAAUGUUAAGACUGUGCUCUUUGUUCCGUUUGCACUGCGAGAUCAUGACAAGUAUACGGCAACGGUGCGAGCCGCUUUGCAGCCCUGGGGCUAUGCCGUAGAGGGACUGCAUACAAAGCCAGACUUUGGGCAAGCGCUGCGCGAAGCGGAGGCAAUUUUUGUAGGCGGCGGCAAUACGUUUGUGCUGCUCAAGCAACUCUAUGAACUGCAGCUGGUUGAACUGAUGCGUGAGCUGGUGCUGCAACGUGGCUUAACCUAUGUGGGCAGCAGUGCGGGUACUAAUGUUGCCACACGCUCCAUACACACCACCAACGACAUGCCUGUUAUCCAUCCGCCCAGCUUUGAAGCGCUCGGCUUGGUGCCCUUCAAUAUCAAUCCACACUAUUUGGAAACGGACCUCAAUACCGAACACAAGGGAGAGACGCGUGAUGAGCGCAUUGAGGAGUUCAUUGCGUAUCACGGCCGUCCAGUACUUGGACUGCGCGAGGGCACCAGUGUGCGUAUCCAGGGCGAUAAGGCAACGCUGCUGGGCGAGCGUCAUGCUAAGCUUUUCAAAGCUGAUGGUUCUUCCCUGGAAUACGCCCCCCAGGCUGAUCUCAGUUUCUUGCUGCAACCGUAAUGAAGUUAUUAAAACCAAAUGCAAAUAUGCGUACAACAUUGUUUUUAUUAUAUAAAAAUAACAAUUAUCAAAGGCAUUUGUGUUAUUUUCUUCGAUCUUUACAUGGUUCUUUGUAAUGCACAUACAUACAGAAUAUACAAAUUGAAUUAGCUAUAUAUACAAGUAAAUUGCCUUUGCUAUAUAACAAAUCUACAUGUUUGUAA